CUCUCCCCCCCAUCUCAAUCUCUCUCUGUCUAUCCACCCCCAUCUCAAUCUCUCUCUCUCUUUCUCAAUUUCUCCAGGACUUGAAAAGUGGACGCCUCUUCCACGAGCAGAUCUUCCUCCAGAGAGCAGUGAAGGAGAAAGAAGUGAGCAGAUGGAAGAAGUCGCACUUCAUGCCCUUCUUGGCCGUCCCAGCUUGCAUCAGCUUCGGCCUGCACCGGGACACCCACAGGUUCCUGGUGUUCCCUGAGCUGGGAAGAAGCCUUCAGUCAAUCCUGGACGACCGCCCCAACAACGUUCUGACAGAGAAGACCGUGCUCCAUCUCUUGUUCAGACUGGUGGACGCGCUGGAAUUCAUCCAUGAGAAUGAGUACGUUCAUGGGAACAUCUCCGCAGAGAGUAUCUUUGUGAAUCCUGACACACCUGGCCAGGUCACCCUGGCCGGCUACAGCUUUGUGUUCCGAUACUGCCCAGGGAGUAAGCACGUGGCAUACGUGGAGCAGAAAAGAGCCGCUCACCAAGGACCACUUGAGUUCAUCAGCUUGGACCUGCACAAGGGCGUAGACCACAGAGUCUCAGUGAUGGAGACCUCGGAGGCCACCUGCUGUGACCCAGGCUGGAAAAAGAGGCACCCAGGGAGGGGAAGUGCCUUCCUCCUGGGACAACUCGGAGAUGGCUCGGACUCGUAGGAGGCUGGCCCCACUGCUCCACCAUGGUUUCAUGUUCUGGGCUACGUAGAACCAAUCUAAUCUCUCUUCCAUGUGACUAUCCUUCAUGUACUUGAAGAAAGCUAGCAUAUUCCCAGUAAGUCUUU